GCUUUCGGUGGAAGUGUGUGUGUAUGGUAUUGAUGUGAUUUUUUUUUUUUUUUGCAAUAACAGUGAGUUGAAAGUGUGUAUUGCUCGUGAAUCGUUUGCAUUACUAGUUUAUCUAUGGCAGACGAUGACUGGAAGAAAAGAGUCGGGAUAAAUAUUAAUUUUAGUCCAGAUAGCUCAGAAGAUGAAGGCAGGACGUUUACUGAAGGAGAGAAAGACGAUCAGUAUCCCGAACAAUCCCCAUCUGUCAAUAUAGAAAGUUACGAAGGGAGCUUUGACGCUUUCGGUAAUCAAGAGGACGACAUAUUAAAUGAUUACGAUCAAUAUUCAACCACACCGCCUCGGACACGGAUAUCAAGAAGACUGAAAGAAAGAAAACAACGAGUGAGAGAAGAAGCAUGUGAUACAAAAAACAACAGUUCCUCUUUCAAUUCAAAACUUAGAAGACGGAAUACUUUAGAUGCAGUACUCUUUUGUCAGCUGUUGGAGAAAUGCGAGGAUGGACAGUCUCCAAAUCAAGAGUAUGAUGUGUCUCAGAAGUAUGAAGGAGGCAAACGGAGUAAACGUUCUAUGAAAUUGCUGAGAGGUUCUGAGAGAGAUAUGAAGCUUGAUCACACUGAAAUUGGUCUUGCUGCAGCACCUGCAGGAGAAAUGUCUGAAGACAGAGCAGAGAGUAUGCCUGUUGCACUACCACAGCCUGCUAUAAAAGUUGAAUCAUGCAACCGUUUCCUCAGCUUGACUUCAAAGUUGGUUGCAUGUUCGAAGUUCAUGCAAAAAGAUGACAAACCAAGGGCAGAUUAUCCUCAGAAUAGAGUUGAAUUCUAUAAUACAUUCUCUCUUCUUAUUCGAAUGGGAAACUCUGAAAAACAGACGGAUAAAAAUCCACGAAGACAGCUCAGCAAGGAAGAACAUUUAUGGCAGAAUGAGUUGAAAGAUCUUAUAUGGCUUGAACUGCAGGCCUGGCAUGCAGACAGGACACCCACAGAGCAAGAUAAAUAUCUUUGUCAUGCAAGAGAAGGUGUUCAGCAGUUGCUAGAUGAUAUUAUGAAUUAUCGGUUUCAAAAAAAAGCUUCUAAGCUACUCAAUAAAAUGUCAACACAAGCUAGUGACAGUGGUGUCAGCUCAGAUGGGACAGAUAACACAUCACAACCCAAAUCAGAUGUACAAGUCUGCACUGGAUGUUUGUCAGUAUUUUGUAAAGUCUGCACAGAGAACCAAAAUGCAGCUCUGAAGGAAGUCGAAGAACUUCUGAAUAGGUUAGAAGUUGCUGAGUCACUGUACCCAUCCUGCAAGGCUGUAGGAGCGCAGUACCCACUGUACAAGAGCUCAGAAUUUGUAGGAAGAGUCAAGGCCAUGUGUCUUUGGUACAACAUGACUAAACAUCAGCGUCUAGUAUUAAUAAUUUUGGGCAAACUGUUGUUACGAUUAGAGUCCAAAGGCAUAAACUGGCCUCAUGUUGGUGAAGAUGAUAAUACAUCAGGCAUAGCUACUGACACAUCUGCAAGUGAAGAGCCCAGCACCUCACAAGAGCAAAAUACUAGGUCCACAUCACCUCCGAGGAAGAUGAUCCCCAAGAACAAACACAGGAUUCAAUUUGAUGUCGAAACUAGCAGUCCAUCAGAUUCAAAUAAUUCAAAUAUAUCAUCUCAUGGUUCAACAAACUCAUGUGAUGAGGAGGAAAAUGUAAUGGAAUAUUAUUCUAGUUCAAUUAACAAAUCGUAUCCUGCGACACACAGCAAAAAACCGUCGCCAAUAAAUCCAUACCGUAAAUACAUUGAAGACAUGUUGAAGACAAAAGGUCUGAGAAAAUCCUUAAAUUUUGUGGAAAAAUUACAUCGGCAUAUCCUCAUCAAAUCAAAAGCAACGCUUUGCAAACCAGUUGAAAGAGAUAAGGAACAUGAAGUAGAGUCACAAGAUAAGGGUGCAGAAUCCAGUAGCACACUUAUUAAUCCUCCAAAUUCGUGUCCUUUCAAAGGCACAUCUUUCGAGUUACCAGAACAUGAACAAGAAGAACUGUCUCGCUAUGGGUACUGGAGCGCAGAAGCACGCAGUUUGCAUUUACCUUCAUACCGUUCCGCAUUUCUUUUCUUGUCUCGAAUUCCUUUGGAAAUCAUUCAUGAAUUUUUACGUAUGCGACUCGAACAGAAACCAGAAAACCCUUCUGCUUUGUGUAUUCGACAGUUAAUGCGUGAAAUGAAGGAGGGUAUCCGAAUAGCUGUUCUCCAUAGGCAGAGGUAUUUGUCACUUGUUCAUGCUGUUCUUUGGGAUUGUGAAAAGGACAUUAUUGAAGGCUUUGAAGAAGGUGUCAAAGAAUUUGACCGAAGUGUGAAGAUGGUGUUAGAGCUGUAUUUGGAAUAUCUGCAAAAAUGGGUUCCUAUGGUCCAGCAUGAGCAGUUCCAAAAGAAUCUUCUUGAAGAAGAGUGGCUUUUUAUUAAAAAAAUGUGUCCUUAUAUUCCAUGUGGAGAGGGUGCAGCAAGUACUAGCUUCUGUCGCAUUGCAAGGGGGAUGUUGGAAGCUGUCGGAGAAUAUCUCACUACGAGAGUAAAAGAACUGACAAAAAUAAUUCACAAUGGGGAUGAAUCAGAUGAGGACAUUUCAGUGAAGCAAACAGCAUUGUCCGUCUGCAGGGAAAUCCAGUUCCUGUACACUGAAGCACGUGAUAGGGCAUUAAAGGCACUGGCAUUUGCAAAAACGCUGAGGAAAGACUUAGAAAACCCUGAGUUCCUGAGCAGCAUCCACCCUUCAUGCAGUGUUAUUAUUGCUGGUUCGCUGCAGGAACUUAAGGCACGUGCUGUUUCCCUCUGUUCUGACAUUACUACUACUAUACGACUUGUGGAAGAUACUUGUGAUGCUCAUGACAUGACUGACCUUGAGGAAUGUGACCGAUUACAAGUUCUGAAUCGCUCAAGGGAAGUCUUACAUUUUGGGUACAAAUUUGGAUUUGAGUAUCACAAAGAAGUCUGUCGUUUAGUAACAGGCGAAGUGAGAACAGAACUAUCACAUGGCCUGAUCUGUUUUGCCCAGCAGUGGAUGAAGUUUGUCAGAGAACGGUGUGAAAGAGGAAGAGGCCUUCGACCACGGUGGGCAAACCAGGGUCUUGAUUUUUUGAUGACUGUAUGUGAACCUGAAAACACACAAUAUCUUUCUGACAAUGAUUUUGAUGAUCUGAAGAGAAGCAUUGAUGGGUGCAUAUCACAUGUAAUAGGCACGGCAGUGACAAACAAUGAGAAAUGUUCAUUGAAUCAGCAACAUAAUCCAUUGUAUGGACAUUUGCCACGUGCCUCUUUUGAUGGACAGUUUCCUCGUUCUCGUGGAAGUUCCCCAGCACGAACUAAGUCACCAUCUUAUCGAUCAUCUCGUUCCUUACAAGACACAAGUGUAACACCACCAUUUCCUCAUGCACAGAGGUCAAUCUCAGCCUGUGUCAGUGCUCCAGUGGAUGAGACUGAUGCUGUGAAUAGCAAAACGGCAGUGACAGUAAAUAUUUCAUCUGGAGUGCCACGAAUCCAAAGAGUUUAUGAUGCUGUGAGGAACCUUGAAAGAGAUAUGGAUGAAAAGUUAAGAAAUAAGGAGCUCAUAGGUUCUGUGAGUGAUGUUGAGUAUGAAGAUAAAAUUCAUAUUAAAGCACGCAGUGUUACGUUUAGUUGGCAGAGAGGGAUUAAAAUUGGUCAGGGCAGAUUUGGAAAGGUUUAUACAGCUGUUAACAACCAGACUGGUGAAUUAAUGGCUAUGAAAGAAAUUCAGCUGCAACCAAAUGAUCAUCGUACGAUUCGCCGGGUUGCUGAAGAAUUACGUAUAUUUGAAGGAAUACAACACCCAGGACUUGUGCGAUAUUAUGGUGUGGAAAUUCAUAUUGAUGAGAUGCUGAUUUUCAUGGAGUUUUGUGCUGAGGGGACUCUGGAGAGCCUAGUAGCUGCUACUGAAAAUGGUUUACCUGAAGGCUUAAUCCGUCGUUACACUUAUCAGCUGUUACAAGCUGUAAAAACUUUACAUGAUCAUGGCAUUGUACAUAGAGAUAUCAAAAGUGCAAACAUAUUCCUGACUGGUGGUGGCAACCAUCUCAAGUUGGGUGACUUUGGUUCAGCAGUCAAGAUUAAAGCCCAUACAACAAUGCCAGGAGAACUUCAAGGAUUUGUGGGGACUCAGGCGUACAUGGCCCCUGAAGUUUUCACGAAGACUGAUACAGGAGGCCAUGGCAGGGCAGCUGAUAUAUGGUCUCUUGGAUGUGUUGUUGUUGAAAUGGCUUCUGGAAAAAGACCUUGGCCAGAGUACGACUCCAACUACCAAAUCAUGUACAAAGUUGGCAUGGGUGAAACUCCAAGUGCUCCUCCCACUCUGUCUGAAGAGGGUCACAAAUUUGUGGACCGUUGUUUACAACAUGAUCCACAGAGGCGUGCAACAGCCAAAGAGCUCCUUUAUCACACAUUUGUCAGAGUGGACCUAGAUGAAGAGUAUCUGUCCUCAACAUUACCAUCUAUGUUUGAAGAUUACUUAAAAAUCAACCCAAGGAUUCUUUAAAAAGAAUGAACUGCAACAUUUUGUCACUGAACAAUGAAUACUGUUCUGCUGACACACAAAAUUAAUAUAUUUCUGUACCUGUUGAUUGUUUCAUAGUGUGAUCAAGUUGAAGAUGCCAGAAAGUCAGUAAUUUUUACUGGGCUUCUAGAGGUGGUAUUGUGGAGUUCCUUUUUAUGGUAGCGAACUGUCUUCAGAAACAUGCUGUGACAUGUUUAAUAUUGCUUUUGUGUACUACAUUGUUGUCAGUUGAACAUGUGUAUAUAGUCAUAAUGUUAUUUUGUGAUAAAAUAUGUCCUAUGUAUUUGGAGUACAUGUUUAUGUGUAUUUAUAUUUGCCAGACAGUCUUGUAUGUUUUAAGAAAUAAAAUUUGAUGUUUGGAA